AUGGAGGUAGAAGACUCAGAGAAGGAAGUGGCGGAGGAAGAGCCGCUGGAAGGGGGAGCUCAAGAAUCAGAGCCGAAGGAGGAGCAGGAAGAGCUGGAAGAAGAGCAGGAGGAGCUCAGCAGUAAAAAACGGGUAGUGCCUGGAAUUGUGUAUUUGGGUCACAUCCCGCCGCGCUUCCGGCCUUUGCAUGUACGCAACCUGCUCAGCGCCUACGGUGAGGUCGGUCGUGUCUUUUUCCAGCCAGAGGAUGGGUUCGUGCGGCGUAAGAAAAAGAAGGCUGCAGCUGCGGCCACUGGAGAGAAAAAGCGGUCCAAAUACAGCAAGGACUACACCGAGGGCUGGGUGGAGUUCCGGGACAAGCGUGUAGCCAAGCGCGUGGCGGCCAGUCUGCACAACACGCCCAUGGGCGCCCGUAGGCGCAGUCCCUUUCGCUAUGAUCUAUGGAACCUCAAGUACCUGCAUCGUUUCACCUGGUCCCACCUCAGUGAACACCUGGCCUUUGAGCGCCAGGUGCGCCGACAGCGCCUGAGGGCCGAGGUUGCCCAGGCCAAGCGUGAGACUGACUUCUAUCUUCAAAGUGUGGAGCGGGGAAAGCGUUUCUUAGCUGCAGAUGGGGAUCCCGCCCGCCCCAAUGGCUCCUGGACCUUUGCCCAGCGCCCCACCGAGCAGGAGUUGAGGGCCCGGAAGGCAUCCCGGCCAGGUGGUCGUGAACGGGCUCGUCUAGCUAAUGCCCAGGACCAAGCACGCUCCAACCGAGGGCUCCUUGCGAGGAUCUUUGGAGCUCCACAGCCCUCAGAAGGCACAGAGGGACUCUCAGUGCCCAGGGACUCCUGA